UGUAGGCUUAAAGAUGGUUUCGCGUUUCGAUCAGAAGAAGACUAAGCACCAGCUAUUCCAUGUCAGCAUCAGUCUGGCCACAAUAUUGAUUUGCAUGACCUACAUGCAGUAUCGCCGCAAUUGGUCACAUUUGGGCAGCUUUUGGGAUUCCUUGAUCGUGCCCAUUGUUUUUACUGGCGAGCUGUUAAAAGUUAUUCUCGCCCGCUUCUUUGGGCGCAUAGAGGACGGCGUGCUAACGGCCAAGCAACGCCAAAAGAAGGCGGCGUAUUUUACGCCACGUGAACUACUCGGUGGCCUCACCUUACAAUUUCUGUGUACACUCCUAUACGGAUUUAUAUGCAUAAUCUUGGGCGCUCCAGUUUUAGCCAACUACGAACAGACGUUUGUACUAUCACUGCUAAUGACUUUGCUAACAGUUUCGCCUACUGUUUUCCUGCUCGGUGGCGGUGGCGCCUUGCAAGUGUGCUUCUGUGAGAAUCCCGACUUUGUGACUAAGUGCGAGGAUACGGCGCUGCAUUUGUUCAAGUACAAUGCGCUUGGCGGCAUACUGGGUGCCUGGGCUGGCAGUGUAGUGGCUCCCUUGGACUGGGGACGCGACUGGCAGGUAUAUCCUAUACCCAAUGUGAUUGGCGCUUUACUGGGCAGUGCUCUGGGCAAUAUAUACGCAUGUACUCACGUGCUAUACACAUGUGGACGUGUCUACAUGAGCAAGAAACGUACUUAAAACCAAUAAAUGUGUAUGCAAUAUGUGUAUCCUGCCACGAUAAAAACAUAACGUUGCGCUGCCACAACAUCCACAUCCACAACCAAGGAAGCAAAAGCAUUGUUGUCGCGCCAUCGUCUAGUCAACAGCUUAAGAUUUACAUAUACCAAAAAGCAAUUAAAGAUACUUUAGUGUUACCAGUUUAAGCAAUUUAUUAACAUGUACAAUUAUAAUUCAUUUUAAAACCAAUCAACUAAUAAACUAACAACACGACGCGCCGCACUAUUCAAUUGAUGAAACCAAUCUCCAACUCGAGAGUAAACAUACAUAUAUGCAUUUAUUUAUAAGUACAUACAGAUUAAUAAUAGGUGUAUUAAUCACAUGCAAAAGACACAAAUUG